AGUCGACAAGUUUUCUAUUUUUUUACCAGUGAUUGCUAGGUACUUGAACAGUUUUAGGGUUUUCUUUGCUUCAUUGUGGAUUUAUGGCCCUAAUUAACGAUUAACCUAGCUAAAAGAAUAAUUAAGACGACAUGUACGCAUAACGUAGUAACAGGUAAUUAUUCAUGUUGUGUAAUCAAACUAAAGCCUAUACAGGUGUAGUAAAACCUGUUUAAAUUAUGUGUGAAUCAGACAUUGUCAUUGUGAAAAUAUCGAAUAACAUUGUUUAAUAUUAAAGUUUUGCUAUAUUUUUUAUUUUAUCGUAACACAGAGUAUGACUGCCAGUGAUCACUACAUUCCUGCAGAACUGAGAGCAGGCUUCGUCGAACUAAGUCAUACCUACAAUACACAUCGUCACUAUUCUCUUAGGUAUAAUCAACAAUCGACGAUUUCGCCCCCUUCCUAUCUUGGGGAUUCGGAAUUCAAGAGAAAUCAACUUUUCCGAAGCAACUCUUCCGGUGUCCUUGAUGCGUGCGACUUUACUCAUCAAAAUUACGAUGACAUAGAUAUGAAAAAAUCCAAUGGAAGUGUUCCGUCAUCCCCCAAUCGAGAAAAAGAAGAAAAAAUGAAAAAUUCGGAUUUCGGCGGUGGAUUAUUACGGAAAUUCCGAUCUUCUAAGAAUAGUAAGCAUAUAAAAAAUGAAAAAAUUGAACCAAAGCUAAGUAAAAAAGCCUUCGCGCACUACGACUGCCAGAGCGUCUGUUUUAAUUACCAUGACAUAGUAAGACGCAGAACAUCUCUAAACCAACAUAAAAAUACGAAGACGGGAGCAAGUGCGGCUUCUGUCGCUCAGCCAUCAGACUAUAUAGUUAGCGACGGUAAUUACCGAAAUGUUCUUGAUGUAGAAGAUGAUCAAGAUAAGGGAGAUGGUAACUCGAACGACAUGGUUUUGUCAUGCCCUUUUUUUCGAAACGAACUGGGAGCUGACGAGAAUAUUGCUAUUAGUCAUGGUCGUUCCCAAUGCAAUGGCGUUACCAUUUUAGACAAUAGUAAACCUUUAUCAAACGACCCAAUUGUAUUAACGCCUGUAGUAACGUAUGACAUGUUUGUCAUGGAACACGUUGAUUAUGGAGCAUAUUAUUAUAGAAAUUUCUUUAUAUCUCACGACCAUCAGAAUUUUAUUGGUAUUGAUGAAGACGGUAUGGGACCAGUAGCUGUCUCUAUAAAGAGGGAAAAGGACGGAAAUCGAUAUCAAUAUAGAAUCAUAUUGCGGACCAGCGAACAGUGUACUCUACGCGGUUGUAUUCCAGAAGAAGCAAUCGCCUCUUCAAAGUUCUCUUCUAGCAGGGGUAUCCCUACGAAAGAAAUUUUAAGCGCAAUCGUACCAGAAUUACGGUUAAAUAAUUUAAAAGUAGCCGUUUCAGGGGAAAAAACUAUCAAACAAAUGCAGCGCCUUGAUGAACAACAGCUGACUCGGACUUAUAAAUUUGGUAUCAUGUACUGCAAAAGUGGACAGUGUACUGAAGAAGAAAUGUAUAAUAAUGAAGAAGGAAGCCCUGCAUUCGAUAAUUUUUUAUCUCUUCUUGGCCAAAAAGUAUACUUGAAGGAUUUUAGAGACUAUCGGGGAGGGCUCGAUAUUAAAACUGAUUCAACAGGAUCUCAGUCAGUGUACACUAAGUUCAAUGACUGCGAAAUUAUGUUCCACGUAUCGACAAUGUUACCCUAUACGAAAAAUAACAGGCAACAGCUCUUAAGAAAACGGCACAUUGGAAAUGAUAUUGUAACGGUUGUCUUUCAGGAAGACGGGUCACAUCCUUUUUCCCCGAAGUCAGUCCGAUCCCGUUUUCAGCAUGUCUUUAUUAUUAUACGUCAAGUUGUAUUAAGCACUGGUAUUUUCUACCGGCUUGCUGUCUCUCGCUCCAAAGAAGUUCCUCACUUCGGUCCCCCCUUGCCAAAGGAUUCUUUAUUUCCUCACUCCGAUUUAUUCGCCAAAUUUAUUCUCGCCAAAGCAAUAAACGCGGAAAAUGCAGCCCACAAAUCCGAAAAAUUCGUUGCCAUGGCUACGAGAACCAGGCACGAGUACUUGAAAGAUCUAGCGAAUAAUUACGUCACAAACUCGACUAUAGAAACGAAUACGAAAUUUUAUUCUAAAUUGUCUUUUGGUUCAAGCAAGAAACGCGAUCGCCCAAAAUCGAAAAACAUCAUCGAUAAUACAAUAUCAGGAGCAUUAGUUUGGGAAAUCCUAUGGAAAGAUGUUAAUAAAUCAGAGAAACUUAAGUGUUACUUAGCAAUUUCGUCUACAGUCUUGUCUGUUAUUCCAAAGACAAACUCUCAAGUUGUCUUUGUAAUUCCAACAUCAUUAAUAACAGGAUGGGCUGAACAAAAUAACUGUCUCCGAGUAUAUUAUGACAAAGGGCAAAAAUUAUUAUUGGAGUGUCCUGCCGAAGAAAGCGAUAACGACCGAAAUGAGACUACGACAGAAGUAAUGCAGAGACUCGAAGUCGUCACUAAUGGAACUAAUUGUCAAAAAAUCGUCCUUGAUAGAGGAAACGGAGGCCAAUUAGGAUUUCACGUCACGGAUGGUGGCCUGAUAACCAGUGUAGAUCAGGAAGGAAAAGCCUUUAAAGCAGGUUUAAAAAUGAACUCAAGAAUUGUAGAAAUCGGCUCUACUUUGGUUAGCUGUUUAAGUCACGCUCAAAUGGUUGAAAUAUUGAGGCACAGUAGUGAGCUGGUACUUACAGUCAUAUCUCCUAAUAGUGACAUGACUCCUAGAGUUGGAAUUAAUCCGGAGAAUUUUGGAUUUACUGUCUCACCUUGCUACGAGCUCCCCUACAUAUUUUCUGCAAAAUACAAAAUGAAAACUGAUACGGCGACCGUAAGCGGUGAUAUUUUCUGUAGCGAUGGCGAAUCAACUAAGCCUAACGAUAAACUGCAUAGAUCGUGUAACGGAUCGCUAAUGUCUAAUCCUAUGAAUCAUCAUCUUUCUUCUUCUUACUUGCCUGCAGCAACGCGUAACUGGUCGGAAGAUAAUACGACAGCCAGUCAAACAGAUUUAACAGCGAGAAACUAUGUAAAUUGCAGCACAGACGGUUCACUGAAUACCGAUUGUAAAUCUGGGCAAUCAUGGCGGAGUGGCUACGUAUCCGAGGGAGAUGUUUCCAAAUUACCUCAAACUUAUCAUUCCACACCGAAAUCGACAAGAAAUUCACUUCAUCAAGAGAAACCGAAAAGGGAAAUCGGGGAGAAAUCAUUAGAAAAUCAACUCAGGCACUUGAUAAACGACGUAGGAACAGAAGCCGAUCCAUCUAAAAUGCAAACAGAAGUCUUAUUAUCGGCACAUCGUCCUAUUAUUCCUAUGGACAGAUUUAAACAAUACAACCGAGAGCAAAUCGGAAGCUCACCGAACGCAAUAAAUGUCACCCAGAGAAGAAAUGCUGAUCGCCAAUGGAAAAAUCUUUUGUCUACAAGUGCCUCCCAAAUAUCACCAAUGCGUGAAAAUAAUAAUAGAAUUCAGAAAAUAUCAAUGGAACAAUAUCACCUGUCUCCAAAUCUUGACUUGUCAAACGAUUCCAGACUUGAAGCUGUUGAGAAGCGCUUGGGGCAUUUAGAAGAAAAAUCGAAUCAACUAGAAUAUGAUCUUAAGAGAGAACGGCAGGAGAAACGGACACUUGAAGCGGAAGUUGAAAGGCUCAAGCAAGAUAACGAACGUUUGCAAGAAGAAGCUGAUAAAGCCGCUAGCCAGCUACGAAAAUUCACAGAAUGGUUUUUUAAUACGAUUGACAAACGAUAA